AUGAAGAGGAAACACGACGGAGAUUCGACAGACGACGAUAUAUCUGGUCAACAGAACCACUCGUAUUCGGAAGCGCAUGUCUACAGCGUGCUGAGAUCGGUGUUCAAGAAGGACGCGUUUCGAGGAUGUCAAAAGGAGAUAGUGGAGGCGGCUAUGAAGGGAAGAGACGCAUUAGUGUUACUUCCUACGGGCCACGGCAAGUCAUUGACCUUCCAGCUGCCAGCUGUUGCAGUUUCCAAGGGCGUCACUAUGGUGGUGAGUCCGCUACUAGCUCUUAUGGCUAACCAGGUUCAGGGGCUUAAGAAACUUGAUAUCCCUGCAGAGACACUGAAUAGUGACGUCCAGGGUCACGACAGGCGCACAAUUCUGCAAGAUCUGGUCAGUGAUAACCCUGAAACCCGCCUGUUGUACCUGUCGCCUGAGUACAUCUCAAACCAGGCAUUUCAGCGCAUCCUCAAGCGUCUUUACGAUCAGGACUUGCUGGUGAGGAUUGUGAUUGACGAGGCCCAUUGUUGUGUGGAAUGGGGUCACUCUUUCAGGUCCACUUACAAAGAGCUGGGGUUCUUACGACAGGAGUACCCCAAUGUUCCCAUCACUGCUCUCACAGCUACAGCAUCCGAAAGCGUCCAGAAAGGAAUAAUCGACAUUAUGGGACUGGACGAGAAGAGGCUGGGAGUGUUCACCACGUCUAUCAAUCGCUCCAACUUGCAUUACGAGGUCAGAUACCUCAUCCCCGAUUAUCGCUUCACAGACUCGAACAGUAUUCAGGAAGUGGUCAUGAAGGACAUUCUGGAGUUUCUACAAGACUACAAGGAACGCAGACAGGCCCAGAAGUCGACAUGUCCCGGUGCAGGCAUUGUGUAUUGUCGUACCCGAGCCUUGGUCGAGAAGGUGGCUCAGAACUUGGGUAGGAAGGGGUAUGGAGCUCAUGCUUUCCAUGCAGGCAUGGAUCUCAACGUCAGAGAAGAUAUUUUAACCAAAUGGACGGACUCGGAGCCCGGCUACGAAAUUGUUGUAGCCACCAUUGCAUUUGGAAUGGGUGUGGAUAAGCCCAACGUCCGGUUUGUCAUCAACUUUGAUCUUCCUGACAACCUGGAGUCUUACUACCAGUUAUCAGGUCGAGCAGGCAGAGACAACAAGGGCGCCAGGUGUAUCAUUUACUAUUGUUCAGGUGCCCAUAGCCCUACUGCGAAUGCCGAUAUGAAAAGGUACUGUUCCAAGGCCAAUCAAUGUCGUCAUGUUUCUAUUGCUGAAUAUUUUGAACCCCAGAAGACGCGAACCGUCAAGGAGAGAACCCAGUUGGCGAAAGAAUACUGUGAUUAUGCUUGCGAUGUGUGCAAAAAUAAGCAGUUUGUGUCUUCUAGAUACAUGGCGAUGGUUAGAGCUGUUGACUCCUUGUCGGAGGGUGUAUCUAGCACUCAGCCUAGUUGUUCCAGGAGUUUAGCCAUCAAGUGA